AUGGCUCCCGGACUCACAGAAUCCACUACGCCCUCAAUUCCAGCCGUGGAAAGCAAACUCGCUCAACUAGGCUUAAGACAAGAGCCUCUCAAGCUCACUGGGGCCCUUGAUGCCUUUGAAUCUUUUGACGUAACUCCAGUCAUUGGAAGAGAGUUUCCAAACGCAAACUUGAGGGAUUUCCUGCGUGCACCGAACUCGGACGAAUUGCUUCGCGAUCUUGCCAUCACGAUUUCGCAAAGAGGUGUAGUCUUCUUUCGAAAGCAGGAUGGUUUGGACGACGAUCUUCAAAAGGAGCUUGUCCAGCGACUCGGUGAACUUUCAGGCAAGCCGAGCACCUCAAAGCUGCACAUUCACCCCGUCGCCAACUCCGGCCGCGAACAUAGUGUGAAAGAUGAUGAAAUUUCAGUCAUUAGUUCACAGCAGCGUCAAAAGCUAUACGUUGACCGAAAUGCGCGCAAGCAAACCGCCCGUCGAGAAUGGCAUAGUGAUAUCACUUUCGAGCCGAUCCCGAGUGACUACACUCUACUACGACUUACUGAGCUCCCCAAAACUGGUGGAGACACUCUUUGGGCAUCAGGGUACGAAGUCUAUGACCGCCUAUCAAAGCCUUAUCAACAGUUCCUAGAGACUCUCACUGCAACUUAUGCCCAGCCCGGCUUCAACGAGAUUGCCAAGAAGAACAAUUUCGAAAUUCAUCCUGGACCUCGUGGCGCACCCGAGAAUGUUGGAGAAGAUCUGCGCGCCGAACACCCUGUGAUCCGGACAAAUCCAGUCACUGGCUGGAAGAGUGUAUUCGCCGUGGGUAGCCAUGUACAGAAAGUCAAUGGGUUGACUGACGAAGAGAGCGAGCAUCUGCUCCGGUGGUUUAUCACCCUUAUUGUUGAGAACCACGACCUUCAAGUUCGAUAUCGCUGGCAGAAUCCUAAUGAUCUUGCUAUCUGGGAUAACAGAUCGGUGUAUCACGCCGCUACUUGGGAUUAUGAGGAUAUUGGUUCUCGGACUGGUCACCGUGCUGUUGGACUUGGGGAAAGACCUUACCUUGAUACUAAUAGCAUUAGUAGACGUGAAGCAUUGGAAAAGAGUUAG